GUACAGCUGCCUCACUGAGGCAGCAUGAGCUAAGAGGGUGACUGAAAGGAAGGAGGCAUCAAGACAGCAUGGAGGACUUUCUGCUCUCCAAUGGGUACCAGCUGGGCAAGACCAUUGGGGAAGGAACCUACUCAAAAGUCAAAGAAGCGUUUUCCAAAAAACACCAAAGAAAAGUGGCAAUUAAAAUUAUAGACAAGAUAAGAGGGCCAGAAGAGUUUAUCCAGAGAUUCCUGCCUCGGGAACUCCAGAUCGUGCAGAUCCUUGACCACAAAAACAUCAUCCAGGUGUAUGAGAUGCUGGAGUCCACUGAUGGGAAAGUCUACCUGGUGAUGGAGCUGGCCGAGGGAGGGGACGUCUUCGACUGCGUGCUGAAUGGGGGACCACUGCCUGAAAGCCAGGCCAAUGCCCUCUUCCGCCAGAUGGUCGAGGCCAUCCGCUACUGCCACAGCUGUGGUGUGGCCCACCGGGACCUCAAAUGUGAGAAUGCCUUGUUGCAGGGCUUCAACCUGAAGCUGACCGACUUUGGCUUUGCCAAGAUAUUACCCAAGUCACGCCGAGAGCUGAGCCAGACCUUCUGCGGGAGCACAGCCUAUGCGGCCCCCGAGGUACUGCAGGGUAUUCCCCACGACAGCAAGAAGGUCGAUAUCUGGAGCAUGGGCGUGGCCCUAUACGUCAUGCUCUGUGCCAGCCUACCUUUUGAUGACACAGACAUCCCCAAGAUGCUCUGGCAGCAGCAGAAGGGGGUGUCCUUCCCUCCUCAUCUGGAAAUCUCUUCUGAAUGCCAGGACCUGCUCAAGCGGCUCCUGGAAACAGAUAUGACCCUCCGGCCUUCCAUUGAAGAAGUUAGUAGGCACCCAUGGCUAGCAAGCACAUGAUAAAUAAAAUGGCAAGUCCUCCCCAAUAAAGUAGGGGGAGAAAGCAAACCCAAAAUCCGCUUCUAAAAUGGUGAUAUAUAUGUAUAUUUUACACAUUUACUUACCCUAAAGCUUACUUACACCCUCCCCAGACUGUUCUUUCCCUCUAAAGAUCUUCAUGGAACCAAGGGCCUCAUUCAGACUUCUUU